GCAGGCGGCGGCGGGAUGGAUCCUGGCGGGGGCGGCGGCGGCGGCAGCGGCGGAGGAGGCGGAGGAGGCCCCGGGCCCGGCGGCGGCGGGGGCGGCGGCGGCGGGGGCCCCGCCAAGCCCAGCCUGCAAGUGGUCUACCAGGCCGUGCAGGCGCUCUACCACGACCCGGACCCCAGCGGCAAGGAGCGCGCCAGCCUCUGGCUCGGGGAGCUCCAGCGAUCGGUUCACGCCUGGGAGAUCUCGGAUCAGUUGCUGCAGAUCCGACAGGAUGUGGAAUCGUGCUACUUUGCAGCCCAAACCAUGAAGAUGAAAAUCCAGACCUCGUUCUAUGAGCUCCCCACGGACUCGCACGUCUCUCUGCGGGACUCGCUGCUUUCCCACAUCCAGAACUUGAAAGACAUGUCCCCCGUCAUCGUCACCCAGCUUGCAUUAGCCAUAGCAGACCUUGCCCUACAGAUGGCUUCUUGGAAGGGCUGCGUACACACACUGGUGGAAAAGUACAAUAACGACGUGACAUCACUGCCCUUCUUACUGGAGAUCCUGACGGUGCUGCCGGAAGAAGUCCACAGCCGUUCCUUGCGCAUCGGAGCGAAUCGCCGCACGGAGAUCAUCGAAGACCUGGCUUACUACUCCAGCACGGUGGUCUCUCUGCUGGUGACCUGCGUGGAGAAGGCCGGCAAUGACGAGAAGGUGCUCAUCAAGAUCUUUCGCUGCCUGGGGAGCUGGUUCAACCUGGGGGUCCUGGACAGCACCUUCAUGGCCAACAGCAAGUUACUGUCGCUGCUCUUUGAGGUUCUGCAACAGGACAAGACGUCGUCGAACCUGCACGAAGCGGCCUCAGACUGCGUCUGCUCCGCCCUCUACGCCAUCGAGAACGUGGAGACCAACCUGCCGCUGGCGCUGCAGCUGUUCCAGGGGGUCCUGACCCUGGAGACGGCGUACCACAUGGCCGUGGCCCGCGAGGAUUUGGACAAGGUUCUCAAUUACUGCCGGAUCUUCACUGAACUCUGUGAGACCUUUCUGGAUAAAAUCGUGUGUACUCCGGGCCACGGCUUGGGAGACCUGCGGACCAUAGAGCUGCUCUUGAUCUGCGCAGGCCACCCACAGUACGAGGUGGUAGAAAUUUCCUUCAACUUCUGGUACCGGCUGGGGGAGCACCUUUACAAGACGGAGGACGCCGUCAUCCACAGCAUUUUCAAGGCCUACAUUCAGAGGCUCCUUCAUGCACUGGCUCGGCACUGUCAGCUGGAUCCGGACCACGAAGGGAUCCCCGAGGAGACAGACGACUUCGGGGAGUUCCGGAUGAGGGUGUCGGACCUCGUGAAGGACUUGAUCUUCCUGGUCGGCUCUGUGGAAUGUUUUGCCCAGCUUUACGCAACCCUGAAAGAGGGCAACCCUCCCUGGGAAGUGACGGAAGCCGUUCUCUUCAUCAUGGCUUCGAUAGCCAAGAGCGUGGAUCAGGAGAACAACCCGACGCUGGUGGAGGUGCUGGACGGGGUGGUGCGCCUCCCCGAAUCGGUGCACACGGCGGUCCGCUACACGAGCAUCGAGCUGGUGGGCGAAAUGAGCGAAGUGGUGGACAGGAACCCCCAGUUCCUAGAUCCCGUGCUCGGCUACCUGAUGAAGGGCCUGUGCGAGAAGUCACUGGCCUCGGUGGCAGCCAAAGCCAUCCACAACAUUUGCUCGGUGUGCCGCGACCACAUGGCCCAGCACUUCAACGGCUUGCUGGAAAUCGCCCGUUCGCUGGACUCCUUCAUGCUCUCGCCGGAAGCUGCGGUGGGACUCCUGAAAGGGACUGCGUUGGUGCUGGCCAGGCUGCCCCUGGAGAAGAUCUCCGCGUGUCUCAGCGAACUUUGUGCCGUUCAGGUGAUGGCGCUGAAAAAGCUGCUCUCUCAGGAGCCAAGCAACGGCCUCUCCUCAGACCCCACUGUGCCCCUAGAUCGCCUCGCUGUUAUAUUUAGGCAUACCAACCCUAUUGUAGAAAAUGGACAGACCCACCCGUGCCAAAAAGUCAUCCAGGAGGUAGGUCCCCUCCUCACUCCAGAGGGUCCGCAGAGAGAGCCGACGAUGGCAGCUUGGCUCGCUUGCCUGAGCCACCAGAUCUGGCCCGUCCUGUCGGAGACCCUGAACAAGCACCGUGCCGAUAACCGCAUUGUGGAGCGCUGCUGCCGAUGCCUGCGCUUCGCUGUCCGCUGCGUGGGCAAAGGGUCGGCGGCGCUCCUGCAGCCUCUGGUCACUCAGCUUCCUUGGCAGAUGGUGAGCGUCUACCAGGAGCACCAGCACUCCUGCUUCCUGUACCUGGGCAGCAUCCUGGUGGACGAGUACGGGAUGGAGGAGGGCUGUCGGCAGGGGCUGCUGGAUAUGCUGCAGGCGCUCUGCGUCCCCACGUUCAGGCUCGUUGAGCAACCCAACGGCCUCCAGAACCAUCCGGACACGGUGGACGACCUCUUCCGGCUGGCGACCAGGUUCAUCCAGCGCAGCCCCGUGACGCUGCUCCGCAGCCAAGUGAUCCUGCCCAUCCUGCAGUGGGCCAUUGCGGCCACCGCCCUGGACCACCGCGAUGCCAACUGCAGCGUCAUGAAGUUCCUGCGGGACCUUGUCCACACGGGCGUGGCCAAUGACCAUGAAGAGGACUUUGAGGCGCGGAAGGAGCUCAUUGGGCAGGUGAUGACGCAGCUGGGCCAGCAACUGGUGAGCCAGCUCUUGCACACCAGCUGCUUCUGCCUGCCGCCUUACACCCUGCCAGACGUGGCAGAGGUCCUGUGGGAGAUCAUGCAGGUCGACAGGCCGACCUUCUGCCGUUGGUUGGAGAACUCGCUGAAGGGCUUACCAAAGGAAACGUCGGGGGGAGCCGUACAGGUGACGCACAAGCAGCUGACAGACUUCCACAAGCAGGUCACGAGCGCUGAGGAGUGCAAACAGGUUUGCUGGGCUCUGAGGGACUUCACCAGACUGUUCCGGUAGCCUGCGCCUCCUUCACUCUGCCUGUCUCCCAGGAAUGUCUUAUUUUCAGAAGAGGAAAUAAAACAACCAAGACGGUGUCCCACAACCAGCAAACUUCAUUGCGGCCGAGGGCUCUGACUCGCUCUGGUGUGUCCCGCCAAUCCGGAAGAGACACUUCGCCGCGAGAACGAGUCGGUGAAGUUCCUGCUUGUGAGUGAGAGAGAGAGAGAGAGAGAGAGAGAGAUAAAACGCGGAAAAAAAAACCACCCAAGGGCGCAACGUAUCUGCGACCAUCGAUGGCUGCAACUGACCUACGGCAUCGCGGGGGGGGCGG